GUAAUGGUAUGUGUCUGGGAGUAUAUGUGUGCACGUGUCAAGAAGUGUUUUGUGUUUAUCGUGACACCAGCCGGUUAAAAGCGUUUUAGGUAGCUUGUUCGACUGAGGCCUCCUGUGACUCAGAAAUGCCCCUGAAGAAAAUGUCUAUUUCUAAAAAUAGUAGCCAAUCAGAACCGCGCUUGUUCGAAUUAGCCGAAAGCUGGCGCAAAGGCGAGGUAAUUUCAAAACAAGUUCCCAAGUGGAUAAUGUUUGCAUGUGAUGGAUUGUUCAAAUGGAUUACAAAAAGAUGAAGGAUUAUGUACAGUGUGUAAUCAUGUGAUCUAACUAAAAAGCACCAGUGAUUGACUAUGUUUGUGAGUAAUGGCGUGUGCGCGAAAACUGUACCUUACAUUGUAGAUUUCAUUUGGUCUCGGCACCGGUUGACAUUGACAUUUGGUGGCCCGUGACUGUUGAGUAUCGAGAGAGAUUAACAGGUAAUCCUGGUGCGUGCGACUGAUUCCGACCGAAUUCAUUCCUUACAGUGCAACCAGUGUCACUGGAUUAACAACGAAAAGUACGCUUGAGACCUUUAGAUUGUGUCAUGUUGCCGGGCGAGGUGAUUUACUGAGUGUGAUAUUUUAUACAUUGUGGUUUGAUAAGUUGAUACGACACUGAGAGUAAACAUGUCGGGAAGGAUAAAUUCACCGAAAAAGACCACGCCUAGGGGGAAGAGUAAAAGGCUUCUACCUUAUGUUCCAUCCAAUCCACAAACAAGAGGUGUAACGUUCAACGAAGAAACGGUUGAAACUUCUAUUGGAGGGACACAGUCCACUGGAGUAAUUAAACCUGAGGCAGCUAUACAACCCUUGUCCCCAAUGGAAAAUAAUCUUAUGUCAAGAUUUGUGUCCAAGUUUACAGAGAAGCUUGGAUUAAAUAUUGGUAAAGAAAACAAAGGCAUGGAUAACCCACCUCAGCCAAUCGACACAUCUACUCCUGACUCAAGUCUUGAUGAAACAAAGGAUCAAAUCAUGAAGAAAACAGAUGAAUGUCUUCCAAAAGAGAAAAAACUUGAAACACUGCCCCCAAAGGUAAAGAAAGUUGACGAGGCUCCUAAAAAGCCCAUCUUUGAUGUUGAAUUAGCGCCUCCAUGUACAGAUCCGUUUCGAACACCAACGAAAGUUGCAAGACGUCAUACGCUUGAAAGCCGCAUAUUUCGGACACCCGACUGUUACAAAGUUGUACAGAUGGAAACUCCUCGGAAAUAUGAUGUGAGUUAUGACGACCUUGGUGAUAUUGACAGUGAUGAAGACAGCUGUACAAGUGUCACUGUGGCCGUCCGCGUCAGACCACUUAGUCAAAGAGAAUUAUUAGACCCAAAUGUCAAGACGGUCGUGUCAAUGAAUGGCAACGAAACCACAGUGACAGCAGAGAAUGGUUUGACCUACCGAUUCGCCUAUGACUUUUCCUUCUGGUCAUGUGAGCGAAGUCACAGCGAGUUCUCGAGUCAGCAGACCGUCUAUGACAGCCUGGCCCAACCCCUCCUCGGCAAGGCCUUCGAGGGCUACAACACCUGUCUCUUUGCCUACGGACAGACGGGCAGCGGGAAAAGCUAUAGCAUAAUGGGCCACGGCUCUGAAACCGGAAUUAUUCCACGCUUCUGUGAGGAGCUUUUUUCUCGAGCAGAAAACUUUCGAGAUAAAGACAAGGUGAAAAUCAGCGUUGAAAUCAGCUUCUUUGAGAUUUACAAUGAAAAGAUUCAUGACCUGCUGAUGUCAUCUAAGGACAAAGGGGGCAAGAAACCAACACUAAAGGUUCGGGAACAUCCAGUGCUUGGGCCAUAUGUUGAAGGACUGUCCACCUUUGUUGUCAACUCUUUUGAAGAUGUGAAGGGCUGGAUCACGCUGGGAAACAAAAACAGAGCCACAGCAGCCACGGGGAUGAAUGACAAGAGCAGCAGAUCCCACUCCGUCUUCACCAUCGUCAUGACGCAGACCAGGACGGAGCAUCUGGAGGGGCAGGACCAUGACAGCUCUGUCAACAGCAAGAUAAACCUGGUGGAUCUAGCCGGGAGUGAGAGACAGUCAGCGGCACAGACCUCCGGCGAGAGACUCAGGGAAGGCGCCAACAUCAACAAGUCCCUGAUGACCUUGGGGAAGGUGAUCUCCCUUCUCUCAGACCAGUCCACUUCCAAGAAGAAGCGUUUCAUUCCAUACCGAGACUCUGUGCUUACAUGGCUGCUGAAGGAGAGCCUGGGUGGCAACUCGAAGACGGCCAUGAUUGCCACCAUCAGCCCAGCAAACCACCAUACAGAAGAAACACUCAGCACACUCAGAUAUGCCAAACAGGCCCGAUCCAUCGUGAAUGUUGUGCGUGUCAAUGAAGACCCCAAGGCCAAAAUUAUUCGAGAGCUGCGGUCUGAGAUUGAGAAGUUGCGGGGUAAGACAGCUGGGAGUGUCUGUGAUGAGAGCCACGCCUCCAGUCUGGUCGAGAUAGCCACCCUCCGAGACAGGCUGAUGGAGAAGGAGAGAGAGAUGGAUGAAAUGUCAAGGUCCUGGCAGGAGAGACUCAGAAGGUCGGAGGAAAAAAAGGUUGCUGAAGGUCGGAUGCUGGAGAAAUCAGGCAUUGCUCUGAAAGUUGACAACAAGCUCCCGAACUUGGUGAACCUGAACGAGGACCCGCAGUUAUCGGAGAUGCUGCUCUACGUCAUCAAGGAGGGGCAGACGCGGGUCGGACGGAUGAGUGAGACGUCAAAACAUGAUAUACAACUCAACGGGGCACUUAUUGCUGGCAAUCAUUGCAUCAUCAACAACGUGGAGGCUGUGAUAAGCAUUACACCAAUCGGAGAUGCACCUACCUAUGUCAAUGGGAACCUCAUCUCAGAGCCCACGAUACUCCAUCAUGCUGACCGUGUGAUCCUGGGUGGUGACCACUACUUCCGGUUCAACCAUCCAAUGGAAGUCCAGAAGGGCAAGAAGACGAGUCUCACGUCCAGCGAGGUGAAGGACUUUGAGUUUGCUAAGCAGGAGUUACUGCGAGUCCAGGAAGCAAGGCUGCAGUGUGAGCUUGAUGAGGCUCGGCGGCAGGCUCAGCAGGAGCUGGUGGAGGAGGUGGAGAAGGCUAGGAAGGAGGCUGCCCAGGUCCUGGACAAGCAGAAGACUGGCUACGAGGACAGGCUGGCUGAGCUAGAGAAGGCACUGAGCAGCCAGAGUCACGAGGCUCGCAAGGCAGAGGAGUGGAGACAAGAGGCGGAGGAUAUUAUCAGCAAGCUGAAGAAACAGAAGAUGAUGCUGGAGCAGGAGGUGAUGGCGGGGAGGAGAAGGCAGGUGGAGGACGCCCAGGCAGCAGAGAAGACCCUGGGUGAGCUGUCACUGGGCAGGUCUCGACUUCUGGAACUGCUGCACUCAGAGAAACAGAAGGCAGCGGAGGACCUGGAGAAACUGAAACAGAAGCGAACAGAAAUGAUGACACCAUCGAAACGCCAGCGUGUGCCUGAUACCAUGACAGGUCGCACUGACCUCUACAAGGUGGCGCUGCUCCUCAGAGAAGCCAACAAGAUCAGUCAGUAUCUGAAGAAGAAUACGACAUUCAGCCGGGAGGACAUACUGGAAGAUGACCAAGUGAAACCCCUCAUCAAAGUGACCAACACCAAACAUAACAUCUGCACGUACUGGACACUGGUCAAGUUUGAGGAGAAGCUUCUUCAGAUGAGGGACCUCUUCCAGAACGACGGUGAGAGUUGUUCAGAUGAUGAUGAGGUGUUCCAUGACCCUGGGGACAGCUGGGAGAGGGACCCCCACCUGGCCUGCUCCCCCCCCUGAACUCCCCGCAGUUCAUGGCUGGCUACCACCGGAGUCCUCUGUCCUCCUGCCGGUCCUCCCAGCUCAGCAGUAGCAGCAGCUAUACAUACAAAAGAUUGUCUCUUGGAUCUGUGGGCAACCAUUUCAGCCUGGCUGAUGUUUCCCGGCAGUGCAAGGACCUUGUAGCACGGAUCACAGACAAACAUUCAGGAAGUGCACUACAAGAGAGUUUUGACAUAAUAUACAACUGAGACAUAAGAUUCUGUGCAGUUGUCAUUGACCUUACAACUGUCUAUCUUAGCAUAAUAUCAUGGAUAUCCACAGGAGGACCUGAUGAUGAGUUGUACAGCCAGGAGAGACACCUGCUGCAGCUGGUCGUGUGUCUGCAGCAGCUGUCGACAGCUUGCAGUCUGUGGGCGCAGCCGUACGAGGGGUGUGGGUCGUCCAACCUCACAGAGCUGCUACAGCGUCUAGUG